CUCAGCCACGUGUUCUGCUCUUCUUCUUUUCCCCUGCAGCCGAACAAGGAGCCCAAGCCAUUGACACACCCACCCUCUUGAGAAACGGUAAAAGCUUGAUUUUUUUUCCUUCUUUCUUGUUCAAGAACAAGAUUUAGAACUUAGAAAUCUUUCCCCCUGCAGAAAAUUUCAGAUCUGCUCUGUUCCCUCCCCUCCGUCCGCUGCUCUUGGUUUGUGGGUGUGAAUUCUUCAGGUUUCUAAUCCCCUAAGGUCUCCUUCACUUCCCGUCGGUUUCCCCAACCCGCCAGCUCCGAUUUUUCUUGCUGAAUUUCUGGUAUGUGACAGCUCCCUCUAAGUCCCAAAAUUACCCAUUAGUUGCUAAAUUUAUCCAUUAACUGCCGCUCUUGUGCUGUCUGAAUUUUUGCUGAAAUAGGGGAUGGAUUCCGAAUUUUCUGCUCUUUGCCAAAUUUCUGAAAGUUGCAGUUAUUGUUCACGCGUAGUUACUGUUCAUACACUGAAUUUCAAUUAUUUGGAGUAUAAAAUCUCGUGGAAUGCGUAAGUUAUCCAUGUUGAUAUAAAUGGCGUCAUGAUUAGGGGAUAGUCGUGGUGGUGAUUUCUUUUAGAUUCGUGGUAAUAUGGUUAUUAAUCCUGGAAUAUUUUGGUUAGGUUCUUUAUUAUUCUGUCACCCUAGGACUUGGAGUGAAUUUUCUAUGUUAUGCAACUGAGGUAAGUAAAUUAUGGUAACACUCUUCAAUUUCAAAGUAAAAGUAUAUUUUAAAUUGUUUUUGAGAUGGUAGCAAGGUUUAAAUUGAUUUUAUUAACACCUGAGCAUGAUUAGAAUGAAAAUGAAAAUUUUUAUUUUUUUUGGGGUUGAGCAUACCCACAUGGAAUUUUUUGGUUUAUUCUUGAAAUUUGAGAUUGAUUAUGAAUUACGGAUUUUUCUUGUAAAUUCUGCAUGGUUUUGUCUUUAAUAUAGUCAUGAUUAUUGAUUACUGACGCCCGCUAGUGGGAGUUUGCAAACGCUAGCACAUGUCGACAUGUAUACUGAUAGGACCAGUUCAUUCUGUAAUCCUGCCAAUGGGAUAAUACAUUGAUUAUUAAUGAAACUAAUGCCUGCCAGUGGGAGUUGUUAAACACUGGCCAUGACUUAUAGAUGAGACUAUUACUGAAUCUUAUUCUGCAUUAACGGUUUAUCAUUGAACAUUUUGUUAUGUUAAAUUAUUUAUCAGGCAUGCUUAAAUUUUACUCAUGGGUUAUCCAUAUUUUUACUUACUAAGAUAUCUUAUCUCAUAGUUUUCCUUGUCCACCAUUUCAGGAAGUGAAACCUGAGGCCUGGUUAACUAGGAGGAGUGACGAGCUAGAAGGCUAGUCAGUAUUUUGGACUUAGAUCCUUUUUGGACUUAAGCCGUUAGCCACACAUGCUUGACAUAGAUGUAAAAUGAUUAAUCAUUUUUUUGUAUACUGAGUUUCCCUUGGUUAUAGCCAUGACUGUCUUAUAAACUUCUGUACAUCUUGACUAUUAAAUUUUGGUAAUGGAAAGCUAGAUAUUAACUGACU